CUAACAGGUACGACGAGGUCUCAGUGAAUAGUGAUCUUUCCGGAGAGAGAUCAUUUUGAGCCUUCAACUCGCGUCCUCAUUCGUACGUUGAUUGCGCCCGGCGGACAAGACGCGCUGCGAUGGCCAGUAUGGCCAGCACCCCGCUCCAUGUUAGGCGCGAGGCUGAACGACCGGGUUGACCAGACCAACCCUUUUAUCAACCCCCCAUAGCCGUUGAUGGAAGGAAAGAAACCACCAGUCGCACAUGCUAGCUCUGUUUUCUUAUACAGCCAAAGCACGAAUACAGUGACACGCAGAAACGCAACGAUCCUAGGACACGACCAGAGGAGGAGAAUCCACAUCAGCAAUGUCAGACACCGGACGAUCCCGAUUCAAGAAUGAAGAAUACACGGUCGGUUGGAUAUGUGCCCUUCCAGUCGAGCUGGCAGCUGCAAAAGCCAUGAUGGACGAGUUACAUGGAGACCCGCAAAGAUCACCCGGAAAGGCAGACGCGAAUGUCUAUGUCUUGGGAUCAAUGAACAAUAUCAAAAUCGUCCUGGCUUGCCUACCGAUUGACGAGCCCGGACCUAGUUCGGCAGCGGUGGUGGCGAAAGAUAUGUUUUAUACCUUUCCGGAGAUUCAGAUCGGGCUUCUCGUCGGAGUCGGAGCCGGUAUUCCGCACUUCUCGAGCGAUAAUAUUCGCGAUAUCCGUCUUGGGGAUGUGGUAAUCGGGUUUAACGAAGAUGAUUCAGGCGUGGUUGCGUACGACUUGGGCAAGAAACUCGCGGAUGGCUCAUUUAAGAACUAUGCCUUGAACGGCCCUCCCGGACCACUGCGGUCUGCUGUUGCAGCGUUAAGAGCCCAGCACCAAGUACGGGGGAAUAAGAUUCCCCAUUACAUUGAAGAAAUGCUGGGAAAACGUCCGUACAUGCGAAGAAAGGGAUAUUCAUACCCAUUUCAGGUGCCAGACCGGCUGUUCCGUCCGGACUAUGUACAUGUCGGAGGGAGAGAUUGUACGCGAUGUGACCCCAAAGCAGAGAUAAACCGUGAAGAUUUAUCUCGAUCUGAGACUGGCACAGACCCGGUGAUCCAUUACGGCACCAUUGCGACCGGGGGAACGCUGGUUAAGAAUGGCAUAUUUCGAGAGGAAAUUGGAAAGAGAUACGGUGCCAUCUGUUUGGAAAUGGAAGCAGAAGGCCUCAUGAAUAUUUACCCCUGCAUUGUGAUUCGGGGGAUCUCUGAUUAUGCGGACUCGCACAAGAAUAAUCUCUGGCGGGCUUAUGCAGCUGCGGCUGCGGCUGCUUGCACCAAGGAGCUUCUCGAACACCUUCAACACACGCAGAUUGAGGAGAGGAGUAUUUCAUGGCAGGAUCAUGCCCAAGUAUCACAGCUCUACAAAGUCUCAAUGACGCAUCAACCGUUGAACGCACCGAGUUGCACAUCUCCAGUAGAAUUGGACAGCUUACAACAGUGUGUUCCAUGUCAUCAGCAGUUUGAGACAGGCCUUUGGCUUCUCCGUUCUAAUGAACUAUGCACAUGGGUUGAUGCACUUAGGCGAAACUGGUUUUGUGCUGGAAACCGAACGACAGGACGAGCGAUAACGCCAAAAGCUGUGGUCGAAAGACCAUAUCAUUUUGCGCAAGCGAGAAGACGGACUCUGAGUAUAUGAGUUCUAUGAAUGUCCAGCGAUUAUUGCGCUACUAGAGAAAAUGGG